AUGCCGGCGAGUUGCAUGUUGAUUCCGUUGUCUACGGGCGUCUUUCAGUUCAGAUCCCAGCAGCAACAGGACAACAUCACGGAAGCCAUUUUCACCGGUGACUCUGCCACUCGGUGGCAAAAGGAAGUAUACAUGAACCUUCCGUAUCGGCACGCGCUUGACGGGGAGGUUUUGCUGCUCCGAAGGUACUUGGAGGCCGAACUGCUCGGUUCGGUGACCUGGCUGCGUACAAUGUUUCUCUACGCCGGCUUCAAAGGCUGGUGGAACAAGCGGACGGCACUCGGUUGCUGUCUUCGGCUAAGACAUCAAGCCGGGAUUGUGUUCAAGUGGUGCCAUCACGUAAUUGCCGAGCAGGACAGCAAAGCGUACUUGAGAUCCAUUUGCCGCAUCCAGACCAACAGGGAGAAGGCUGUACUCAGAGUGCUGAAGGUCUCGCCCGGAACCUCCACGGACCUCUGCGCCGCGCUCUACGGAAGUGGGACUGCCGCAAUGAUGGCCCGUGAGCUGAUUGAACAGCAUUUGGAGGACCUGCGGGCUCAGGGCCGGGCCAAGAGCAGCGAAGGAUUUCUGGGAACGAUUUGGUGGGAGGCGGUGACGUUUCUUCCCUUGGAGGCUUAG